AUGUUCGUAAAUGCCCAUGUCCCUGUUGUUGAGUCACUGCAGUACGCGCAUCACGAUUGCAUCCAGAGGUGGUGCAACGAGAAGGGCAACACGCAGUGCGAAAUCUGCCAUCAUCCGUUCAAAGAGGGCUACACCGCGCCGCCGCCGCCCGCCUCUCCGCCAAUCACGCCGGGGCUCGUGGCGCUGCAAUUUCGCGACGGCGCGGGGCAGCUGAGCCACAUCGUCACAUUCCGCGACGCGGUGACGGGCGAGGAGCUGCGCUUCGGCCUCGAGGACUUCGCGUCCGCGCCCGCGGCGCCGGAAAUCCCGGAGCCGGCGACCGUCAGCUGCCUAAAGUCGCUCAUUAUCAUCGUGCUGCUUCUAAUAUUCGCGCGGCACUUCUUCGCACUCGUGCUGGAGGCGAGUGGCGACGACGACGACGUUGACGAAGACUCGGCAGAGUUCACGGUAUGGCUGUGCGAUGAUUUUUCUAAUGCAGCUGCUUGGCAUUCUGCUGCUCUGCUUCAUCCUCGCCCUUCCCUUUUCCCACCCCUUUCCCGUCCCCACCGCCUUUCCCCCCCUCCCUCCUGCCGUUUUUCCUCCCUCCUCGCUCCCCCCCCCCUCCUCUUCCUCUGCAGAUAUUUCUGA